GAACGAACAGUCAGUCUGCCCCAACCAAUUGAGUCCUGUGCCGGCGACGGCGGCAUCCAAAAUCAAAGAAAAUGCGGUGCCCGUACUGCUCGGUCGCGCAGGGUCGUUGCGCCACCACUACCGCUGGAAAAUCCAUAACAGAGUGUACGUCUUGCGGUCGCGUCGUGGAGGAGCGACAAUCUCAAUCCCACCAUCUCUUCCACAUCCGCGCAACGGAUUCUCCUCUCUCCCUAGUCACAUCCGACCUCCCAUCCCUCCCAAUAUCAGCCACGCCUUCCGCUCCAAACGAUGAAGAUCCAUUUGAACCAACUGGGUUUAUUACCGCCUUUUCCACCUGGUCUCUCGAACCCUACCCUAUCUUUGCACAAUCUUCCACCUCCUUUGCCGGUCACCUAGCCGAGCUGGAACGGGUCCUCGAAACAACUUCUUCUACAUCCACCACUUCAUCUUCUUCCGUCGCCAUGGAUAAUCUAAGGGCAUAUCUUCAGAUAAUCGAUGUUGCUUCAAUUCUAGGUUUAGACUAUGAUAUUUCAGAUCACGCUUUUCAGCUUUUUAGGGAUUGUUCGUCCGCUACCUGUUUGAGAAAUCGCAGUGUUGAAGCUUUGGCUACUGCUGCUCUUGUUCAGGCCAUUAGAGAAGCUCAGGAACCCAGAACUCUUCAGGAAAUUUCAAUAGCAGCUAAUUUACCUCAAAAGGAGAUUGGGAAAUACAUUAAGAUCUUGGGAGAAGCUUUACAAUUGAGUCAACCCAUUAACAGCAACUCAAUAUCUGUUCACAUGCCAAGAUUUUGUACACUUCUCCAACUCAACAAAUCUGCUCAGGAACUUGCAACUCAUAUAGGAGAAGUUGUUAUCAACAAAUGCUUCUGCACUCGGCGAAACCCAAUAAGUGUAUCUGCAGCUGCUAUCUAUCUUGCCUGCCAACUUGAAGACAAACGUAAAACACAGGCAGAAAUCUGCAAGGUAACUGGACUAACCGAGGUGACCCUUCGUAAGGUUUACAAGGAGCUGUUGGAAAAUUGGGACGAUCUUCUUCCUUCCAAUUAUACCCCUGCCGUGCCACCAGAGAAAGCAUUUCCCACUACCACUAUUGCCUCAAACCGCUCUUCAACAUCUAGAAAUGACACCAAUGAAGGAACAACAACAACGCCCAUUGAUCACGAUAAGCUAAUCGAUGUCAAACCCGUUAUACAAAAUGAUGUUUUAGAUACAUCUUCGACUUUUCAUCAAGCAAGAGGCAAAGAUGAAUCUGUGAUAAGCCUACCACCGAUCGUAUGGCAUCCCCAUUUAUCAGUUGGGUUAAAAAUGUCAACGGAGAGGAACCCUAACAACCUUCAAGAAGUAGUUGAGAGAAAAAUAGACGUGGAUACGAAGAACAUGGGUUCUUUAAUACCAACAUUUUCAAGCACGGCUAGUGCGAGUAAGAGCUCUGCUGCCUGGCAAUUGCCUUCGGCUUCAUCGGGUUUGAAUUCGCCUUCUCGAUUCAUGCUCCAGUCGAAAGCAAGAUCAAGUUUAGCAGAUUCAUGUGGGACAAAGCAACUGAAUGAAGGCAAAAGAGAUGAACAUUGAGGUAUUAGGUAUAUACUAUUUCAUGUGACCUAAAUGUUAAAAAACUUGUAGGUUUUGCUUAUGUGACAGUUAAUUGUGUAUAUUCUACUUUGACUAAGUUAAGUUAGUUUUGAACUAGUUCAAUCAAGUUCCUAUUUUUAUAUUAUCAAAAAAGGGUUCAUUCUA